UUUAAAAUGUCUUCAAAGAAAAAUAAAAGCAAAUCGAAAAAAGCAAGUGAAGGAGAUGGCUCGGUAGUACUGAAGGAGGGCUCAAAUGACUCCCCCAACCUGCAAACAUCUGGACACGACGGAGGGAACAGCAAAAGUUCAAACAGCAACUCAUUCACUGUCACUGAUUUCAUAGAGAAAGCUGAUGACAAAACACCCAAAACCUGCAGAUCAACUUUAGCCCAAAUGAGCCUCAAUUCAAUGAAGUCAGCCAGUGUGUGCAUCGGGAGACCGGUCCUACUGACGAGUCCCACAGGACAACAAGAGGUGUGUUUGGGAUGGCCCGUCGCCUUUCCAGGUGGAAAAGUUGGUCUUCAGAAACAUGGCCAGACCAACCUGAGAGUGAAGUCGGGGGACGAGGUGACGCUGCAACCGAUAACCGGUCCUGUGCUUCAGGCUGACGAGGUGGUUUUAUGCAACAGGUCCAAAGACGACACUCUAGAGACAGAUGAGUUCAAGAACUUCCUCUUGAGAUCAUCAGUUGGGAACAUCGUUCUGCCAGGAAAUGUCCUGUUCCUGACCUACUUUGGCCGCUCAUGCAGUCUCCGGGUCGAAACCAUAAGAGGGGAGGAUGGUGUCACCCUCCAGAGACCAGCUCCUCCCCCAGGACUAGGUCCUGACACUGAGGAGUCCUCUGUGAUGAACUCUGUGCUGGACUCCACGUCAGCCGACCUCUCCCUGCAGCUCAGCAUGCUCACAGUGGAUGACAGCAGUGUUGACGGGACACCAGGCACGCCUGGAGAGCCUGGUCCUGCAGCCAGCACCCCACGGCGACCGAUCCAGCUCCUUUCCCUCUCCUCACUCCCCUCUCCCUGCAGUCCCUCCUACAACUCCCAGAAUCCUCCUGCAGGGUCAGAGCAGGAUGCUGUCAGUCUGGAGAGCUCACUCAAAUCAGAGCAGACAGAGAAAAUCCCCACAGCUCCACCUGGUGGUGCUUUGAGUACUGACACCUUCUACUGCCUCUCCUGCUCCACUAAAGUCAGUUUCAGAGAGAGAGCAGGGCCGCAGGAUCCAGAUGCGGAGGCUAAAAGGUCAAAGGUCACAUACAGCAUGAUUGGUGGGCUCUGCAGCCAGCUGGAUGUCAUCAGAGAGACCAUUGAGCUUCCUCUGAAACACCCAGAGCUGUUCCGAAACUAUGGGAUCCCACCUCCCCGAGGAGUUCUCCUGUAUGGUCCCCCGGGCACAGGGAAGACUAUGAUUGGACGAGCCAUAGCCAACGAGGUCGGAGCUCACAUGACGGUGAUCAACGGCCCAGAGAUCAUGAGCAAAUUCUACGGUGAAACGGAAGCGAGGCUGAGACAGAUAUUUACUGAAGCUUCUCAGAGGCGACCUGCGAUAAUCUUUAUUGAUGAGCUGGAUGCUUUGUGCCCAAAGAGAGAGGGAGCGCAGAAUGAGGUGGAGAAACGAGUCGUCGCUUCUCUCCUGACUCUGAUGGACGGGAUCGGUUCAGAGGGUCACUCAGGUCAGCUGCUGGUCCUGGGGGCCACAAACCGGCCCCAUGCCCUCGACCCUGCCCUGCGUCGACCAGGGCGCUUUGACAAGGAGCUGGAGGUGGGAGUUCCUGGUGCAGCGGAGCGUGCAGACAUUUUGCAGAAGCAGCUGAGUUCGGUGCCGUGCAGCGCCACCGGCGAGGAGCUGACGCAGCUGGCGGAUGCCGCUCAUGGAUACGUAGGAGCAGACCUCGCAGCUGUUUGCAAAGAAGCAGGUUUGCAUGCACUAAGGCGAGCACUGGGAGGUUCCCACCCACCGUCAGACCAGCAGCUGAUGGGGACAGUGACCGUCACUCUGCAGGACCUCCAGUGGGCCACGUCUGUUGUGAAGCCCAGCGCCAUGAGGGAGGUUGCUAUCGAUGUUCCCAAGGUGCGCUGGUCAGAUGUAGGUGGGAUGGAGGAGGUGAAGCUGAAACUGAAGCAGGCCGUGGAGUGGCCUCUGAGGCACCCCGAGGCCUUCACCCGCAUGGGCAUCCAACCACCUAAAGGAGUCCUGCUCUAUGGGCCCCCAGGCUGCUCCAAGACCAUGAUAGCCAAGGCCCUCGCUAAUGAAAGCGGGCUCAACUUUCUGGCCAUUAAAGGGCCAGAGUUACUCAGCAAGUACGUCGGAGAGUCUGAAAGAGCCGUGAGAGAGGUGUUUCGGAAGGCGAGGGCCGUCGCUCCCUCCAUCGUCUUCUUUGAUGAGAUCGAUGCUCUUGCCAGCGAAAGAGGAAGCUCCUCGGGCUCCGGCGGUGUCGGCGACCGGGUCCUGGCCCAGCUCCUGACAGAGAUGGACGGCAUCGAGCAGCUCCGGGACGUCACUGUGCUGGCCGCCACCAACCGGCCCGACAUGAUCGACAAGGCUCUGAUGCGUCCAGGUCGCCUCGACCGAAUCGUCUACGUGCCUCUUCCAGAUGCUCCGACCCGAUGGGAAAUAUUUUCCCUCCAGUUCCGUAACAUGCCUGUGGCCCAAAAUGUGUCUCUCGAUGACCUCGUGACUCGGACGAAUAAAUACUCUGGAGCAGAGAUAACAGCAGUAUGCAGAGAGGCUGCCCUCCUGGCCCUACAAGAGGACAUCAAAGCUCAGCACAUCGAGGCCAGACACUUUGAAAGUGCCCUGAACGCUGUGAAGCCCCGGAUCCCCGACUCUCUCAUCCAGUCGUAUAUCAGCUAUCAGCAGCAGCGCAGCGGCCUGUGCUUCUUCUGACCACGCUGCUGUGGACACAUCUAAAACCUAAAGGAACAUUUUUUUUCUUUGUAAUUCUAUUAUUAUUUUUAAAAGAGUAGGUUUUCAACAGCCCCAGUCUGCUGGAGAAAGUUACUAACAUGAUAAGAAACUGACGCAACGCCCAGCUAAAUACUGGUAGAUGCUGAUUUUGGCCAAAAGGAAGGAUUUCUCUUUCGUGGCUGUUGUGCCAAGUUACGCAAUGAUUGUUCAAGUUUUUAUUUUUUAACUAUUAAAAAACAAAUGUGGUAAAAUGUGGUUUUGAGUCCACAGACUAUCAGGCCAAAUAGAAGAAUUUAGUUUCCCGAAAAUGCCUGUUAAAAACUUGGCUGUUCUUGAAGUUGAAGUUUCAAAACUCUUGACAGCUCAGUGGGACAGUGUUUUUUUUUGGGGGGGGGAGGAUUUUGGUUUUGAAAAAGGAGCUGAAGUGUCAUGUUUGAUUGUAUAAAAUAUUGAUAAUGUAUUAAAUGCAUUAUUUAAGUA